UAUAUUAAUGGGGUCUCUUUCUAGCAUCACAACAACAAUACAUAAAGGAAGAGAAGUGGAAGAAGACACAAAGUAGAAGGAGAAGCGAGAGAAAGAGAAAAGCAAAAGUUUAUGUGUCUUGAGAAAACAACAAAGAUAAAAGGAGAAGAAGAAAAGGGUUUAGUUUUUCUUUUCCAUGGAAGUUAGCCUGAAAAUGGACCUGAAAGAGACUGAACUCUGUCUGGGAUUGCCUGGUGGUGGCAAAACUGAAGCUGAAACACCAAAGGCCACUGGAAAAAGAGGUUUCUCUGAGACUGUUGAUUUGAAACUUCAUUUUCAGUCUAAAGAAGCUGUGGAUCUGAACAGGAAUGUUAAAAAUCCUUCUCCUAAAGUGAAAACCCUCCUCACUUCUUGCACCAAAGAUCCAGCCAAACCAGCAGCAAAGACUCAGGUUGUGGGUUGGCCACCUGUACGAUCUUAUCGAAAGAAUAUAAUGGCUCAGAAGAACCCUAGUGAGGAGAAUGAGAAGGCGGCGAGCGGCGGCAGUGCAGCGUUUGUGAAGGUUUGCAUGGACGGAGCUCCAUAUCUCCGUAAGGUAGACUUGAAAACGUACAGGAGCUACCAAGAGCUUUCUGCUGCAUUGGCCAAGAUGUUCAGUUCCUUUGCCAUGGGUAAUUAUGGAAGCCAAGGGAUGAUAGAUUUCAUGAAUGAGAGGAAGCUGAUGGAUCUUCUUAACAGCUCUGAGUAUGUGCCAACCUAUGAAGACAAGGAUGGCGACUGGAUGCUUGUGGGUGACGUUCCAUGGGAGAUGUUCGUUGACUCAUGCAAGCGUUUGCGCAUAAUGAAAGGAUCAGAAGCAAUUGGACUUGCCCCAAGAGCUAUGGAGAAGUGCAAAAAGCAGAACCUUAAUUAAUUUAUAUUUGUGGCUUGUUCGUCUUCCUUGUUAAGUAGUCCCAUGUAUCCCAGCUAGCUCAAAGACUGAAACUAUUAAAGCAAGAAAUCAAAGAAGUUGCAGAGAAGAUGGAUGAAAAUUGAGCAAGCUGGGCAUGUGUUUCCAUGGAUGUGCUGUCUGUAUUUUUACUAUUACGUGAUAAUGGUAUAUAGAUAUAUAUAUUAAAAAUAUCUAGACAUUUGUAAUGGACAAAAGCAAUAAACUGAAACAUGUUUAUUGCCAGUAAACAGCUUAUAAUAUUGGAUUGUCCUUGUUGUGAUGGUUUCUAUUGCUUCAAA